AUGCUGAGCUGCAGAACCGCUUCAUUAGACCCACGUAUCAACCUCUGGGAUUUUCAUCAAGAAGACGUCAAAUCACCAUUUUGCUCCUUUGUGGGACCUACCGGAAACGUCCUCUCACUGGCUUUCUCUGCUUCAAACCGCUUCCUAUUCUCCGGGGGCACAGAUAAAACGGUGUUGAAGUAUGACACAACUCAUCUUGAGGCCCUCAACAGUCCAAAAAGCCCCAGCCACGUAUAUUGCGACCACAGUGACAGCGUCCGGUCUAUCGCCUGUCACCCAGUUCAGGACGAGAUAUUCAUGACUGCAGGCGAAGACGGAAACAUUUAUCGCCACGACGAGCGUUCAAGUAGCGGCCGUCCAAGGCCUUCAGACACGCUUGAAAUACCAACGGAAGUCACAGGCGUACAAUACCAUCCCGUGAUGGAUCACUUAUUCGUAACCAGCGACGGUCACGGCAACGUCUGUCUUCGAGACGAACGAAUGGCCUUUGGACCGUCUACGAGGAGAACCCUUGAAGGUGUCGUCCUUGUGUAUAACACAAAACUAACACGGCGAGACGUCAAACCUCUCAGCAAUCCUGAAUCUAGCAGCGUAGUCUUUGAUCGGGAAGGGAAUAAACUAGCCGUAACGAUGUUGGUAAAUAUGACUUGCCGCUUACAUGAAGUAAUCCACAUUGAAUGUCUCCCUUCUCAGCAUUAUCUACCGACAAUAUACGCCGUCUCGGAUCCUAAUCCUGUUGCAGUAUGUAGUGGCAGAAACUUACCCGAUGGCAGUCCCGCUCCAUCAACUGAGCGGACGUACUCAAAUUCCUGCACAAUGAAGCAUGGGUCAUUUGGACAUCCUGGAGUCAACACCGACGACCUGUACUGUGCUGGAUCCGACGAUUUUCGAGGCUACAUUUGGAAAAUUCCCCCAAUAUGUAAACUCACAGAGCUAAGGACAGAGAUGUCUGCAGACGAAUGGGAGUCUCGAAAGUCAUCAUCAGCAGUUGCUUUCACCGCUGGCCGAACGAUGCGAAAAUAUGUUCCUUUGGAAAUCUCGACUCCUUUCUGCCGACUCAAUGGCCACAAAUCAAUCGUGAACACCUCCGUCUUCCAUCCUCAUUUCCUCCACGUCGUCACCUCGGGUAUCGAGAAAGACAUCCUACUUCACAGCCCCACCCAAGCAUCUCCCUGCACAUCCAAUUUACAACCAACGCCAACGCAGGUUCGCCGCCUGACAGAAAACGGCGACGAAGAUCGUCAUACCUACUUUCGUGCCCUCGCGCAUUUUUAUCCGACGAAUGAGGAGCUGGAGGAUGAGCAAACGACGCUUAGCAUGUUUGAUCACAUAUUGCGCGAGGAGGGCGAGGCUGAUGUGUUUACGGUUCGUCGGUGGAACUCUGAUAGCUCUGAUGAAGAGCAGGAAGAACACGACUCGGACAGCUCAAGCGAUGAUUUUGGCGCACGUUUUGGUUUUGUUGUUAGUUCCCAGCCUUUCUAUGAUUGA